CAACCCCUCGCCCACCAUGACCUCCUUCCAACUGGAUAGUCUCUUCAAUGUCAAGGGGAAAGUAGUGUUAAUCACUGGCGGCAGCCGUGGAAUUGGCAAAAUGAUUGCGACUGGGUUCGUCAAGAACGGGGCCAAGGUGUAUAUCUCAGCGCGCUCCGCCAAGGACUGCGCAGAAACGGCCGGCGAGCUCAAUGCGCUCGGACCUGGAUCAUGCGUCGCGCUCCCCGCGGAUAUGCAGAAGCUCGAGGAGGUCGAUAGGCUCGUCAAGGAACUCAGCACGCGCGAGAAGGCGCUACACGUCCUCGUUAACAAUGCCGGAGCAGCUUGGGGAGCGACACUCGAUGAUUAUCCCGAUGCAGCCUGGAGCAAGCUCCUUACACUUAACCUCCAACGAGUGUUCACCCUGACACAGAAGUGCCUUCCUCUCUUUCGAGAGGCGGCUGAGCAGGGUGGUCUGGACAACGGUGCAUACAGGGACCCUGCCCGCAUCAUCAAUAUCGGCUCGGUGGAGGGCCUCACCGUGCCAGACCACGAGACAUACGCUUACUCUGCGUCGAAGGCCGGCCUGCAUCACCUCAGCCGGAACCUUGCCGGUCGCCUCGGGUGCGAAGGCAUAACUAGCAACACGCUCGCAUGCGGUCCCUUUGAGAGCAAGAUGAUGGCGCACACGCUGCGUGAACAGGGCGAGAUCAUCCGCGCGAGCAUCCCGCUCGGACGCAUCGGCACGCCCGAGGAUGUCGCGGGCGCGUGCAUUUUCCUCGCAAGCCGCGCCGGCGCGUACGUCAACGGCGCGACUAUCCAGGUCGACGGCGGGAGCGUCGUUCGCAUGGGCUCCUUGAUUCCUUCGAAGCUAUAACCUAGCGAUUUGCGAGGACAUGACGGUUGGACCAGGCGUCUGGAUAACGGCGACGGUCAAGUCGGUGGAGCGGCUGUCCAAAGCGUAUCGACUCUGCAUUUGGUUGUACCGGUAUCAUAUCGUGAAUACGUGUCAAAGCUCAAGAUCAUGAUUCC